ACAAUGUUCAAACGCUACGCCAAGGAUCUACCUGAAGAGGUUCUCAACUGGCGUCUUGGCUAUGCAGUGCUUGUCUUUGGCUUGCUGGGCACUGCCCGUGGUCUCGACGAAGGUCUGAUCGGAACAACCACUUCUCAAAAAUCAUUCGUCACACAGUUCGGAUUGAAGAACCCACACUUGACUGCGAACGAGCAGGCCAACCUCCUUUCCAACAUCACCUCCAUGGUCCAACUUGGUUCAAUCUUUGGUGCUCUCUUCGCUUUCCCCAUCACCGAUAAGAUUGGCAGACUGUGGGCUGUUCGUGAGCUUUGCUUGGUCUGGGUUGCUGGUAUCUCCAUCUUCCUUGGUGCUGCCGCUCAUGGCAGUAUCGGUAUGGUUUAUGCUGGUAGAUUCAUCGCUGGCCUGGGCAUUGGACAAACAACAGUCGUCGCCCCGACAUAUCUCGCCGAAGUGGCUCCCCGAUCAAUUCGUGGACUGUGUGUUGGUAUCUUCUCCGGUUCAGUCUACUUGGGCAUCAUGCUCGGAUACUUUGCCUCUUACGGAACAUCAUUGCACAUCAGCAAUCACAACCCUAUUCAAUGGGUCAUCCCUAACACACUCCACCUCUACUUUGCCGCCAUCAUCUUCACCUUCAGCUUCUUCGCAAUCGAGAGUCCUCGUUGGCUAGUCAAGUCCAAGCAGCAGGCAAAAGCUGUUGAGAAUUUGUGCAGACUGCGCGGACUUGGACAAGAUCACGAACUCGUACAGACCGAAAUCAUCGACAUCAACAGCCAACUCGAACGCGAGCAAGAAGCCACCAUGGGCGCCUCCAAAGUCGGUCUCCUCCGCGAACUAUUCGUCAUGCCAGCAAACCGCUACCGCAUCUUCUUGGCCAUUGGCGCUCAACUACUCGGUCAAUGGAGUGGCGCCGGCUCAAUCACCGUCUACGCCCCUCAAUACUUUGCUCUCAUGGGCACGACCGGAACCCAAGAAAAGCUCCUCGCCACUGGUGUCUUCGGUCUCGUCAAAUUCAUCUCUGCCAUCAUGUGUGCCUUCUUCCUCGUCGACUUCAUCGGCCGCAAGCGCUCACUGAGCAUCGGCAUCUCCAUCCAAUUCAUCGCCAUGCUCUACAUGGCCCUCUUCCUCGCCAUCGACAGCACCAUCGGCUCAAAAGGCGACAUCCAAUCAUCCAGCCAGAAACACGCCGCCAAGGGCGCCAUCGUCAUGAUCUACUUCUCCGGCUUCGGCUGGGCCAUGGGUUGGAACUCCAUCCAAUACCUCAUCAAUGCCGAAAUCUUCCCCCUUCGCCUCCGCGCGCUGGGUGGUUCUAUCGCUAUGGCAUUCCAUUUUGUAAACCAAUAUGGCAAUUCUAAAGCUGUGCCUGAGAUGUUUGUCGGUAUGACUACUGCUGGUACUAUGUUUUUCUUCUCCGCCAUCACUUUGCUAGGUCUGGGUUGGGUGUACUUCUUCCUGCCUGAGACUAGUGGACGUAGUUUGGAGAGUUUGGACGCUGUGUUUGAGUUGCCGUGGUGGAAGGUUGGUAGAUAUGGAGCUAAGGUUGAGACAUCGCCUGCAUUGUUCGAUGAUGAGAAGGGUGGUGUUGCGGAGAAGGAGCAAAGGGUUGAAUAUCUGGAGACGGAGGGGCGUAGGGUUUAGAGAACUCUUCCUUCCUUUUGCACUCGAAUACGUUAUGACACGCU